CUCCUCUUCUCCCCCUUCUCUCCCUUCUCUCCUCCCUCUCCUCCUCCUCUUCCCAGCCUGGGCUCCGGACCAUGGCCCUCGGCUCCCCGCGGACCCCCCUCCUCCUCUUCCUCCUCCUGCUUCUUCUUCUUCUCCCCGCUCUCCUUCCUUGCGCCCCUCGCUCCCCUCGACGGACCCGGAGGAAGGAGGAGGAGGAGGAGGCCGCGGAGGAUGGGACUCAAAGCCAGGAAGACGGCGGCGGCGGCGGGGGCGUCAGCAAAGGGGGCUGCCUCUUCUUCUUCUUCCUCCGCUCCCCCUCGAGCACGAGAUGCUGAGCCCCGGCGGGAAGGUCCGAAGGGGCCCCCGGCUCUCUCCUCCUCGGCGGCGGCAGUGGUAGCGGACCUGGAGCAAGGCGGAGGAAGCGGCGCCGGGCCGGACAAGGACGGGACCCUGCUCCUGGGCCGCCCCUCCCGCGAGGAGGAGGAGGAAGAAGAAGAGGAAGGGCUGCCCCGGGUCCCCGGGAGGAGGUCGGCCGGGCAAGGCCUGGGGCUGCUGGCCAAGACGCCGCUCAGCCGGCACCCGGUCAAGAGGCACAACCUCAAGUACCGACGGAGCCAGACCCUCAUCUACGACGCCCUGGAGAGGCCCCGCGGGUGGGCCCUGCUCUACCACGCCUUCGUGUUUCUGAUUGUCCUGGGGUGCUUGAUUUUAGCUGUGCUGACCACAUUCAAAGAUUAUGAAAAGGCAUCGGAAAAGUGGCUGUUGCUUUUGGAAACUUUUGCAAUUUUCAUCUUUGGAGCAGAAUUUGCCUUAAGGAUUUGGGCUGCUGGUUGCUGUUGUCGGUACAAAGGCUGGAGAGGCAGGCUGAAGUUUGCCAGGAAACCACUGUGUAUGCUGGAUAUCUUUGUUCUGAUUGCCUCGGUGCCUGUGGUAGCUGUCGGAAACCAAGGGAACGUCUUGGCUACUUCUCUGAGAAGCCUCCGUUUCCUUCAGAUCUUGCGGAUGCUACGGAUGGACAGAAGAGGGGGCACUUGGAAACUCCUGGGAUCAGCCAUUUGUGCUCACAGCAAAGAGCUCAUCACUGCCUGGUACAUUGGCUUCCUGACACUAAUCCUCUCCUCCUUCCUGGUUUACCUCGUGGAAAAAGAUGUCGCCGAAACAAAUGAACAAGGACAAGAGACAAGGGACUUUGAAACCUAUGCGGAUGCACUGUGGUGGGGGCUGAUUACACUAGCUACCAUUGGCUAUGGUGACAAGACGCCCAAAACAUGGGAGGGACGCCUGAUAGCAGCAACCUUCUCGCUUGUCGGAGUUUCAUUUUUUGCCCUUCCUGCUGGCAUUUUGGGUUCAGGAUUGGCUCUGAAAGUCCAGGAGCAACAUCGCCAGAAGCACUUUGAGAAAAGAAGAAAGCCAGCGGCAGAACUCAUACAGGCUGCCUGGAGAUACUAUGCUACGAAUCCUAAUAGGCUGGACCUUGUGGCCACAUGGAGGUUUUAUGAAUCCGUUGUAUCAUUCCCAUAUUUCAGGAAAGAGCAGGUGGAUGGUACCAGUAAUGUCAUGUUUAGUAGGGAUGCAUUCUUUGGAUCAAGCGUCACCCGAAAACUUAGCCAAAAGCUGGGUCUCUUGGAUCGGGUUCGUGGUACCAAUACUAAAGGAAAGCUAUUUACCCCUCUGAAUGUAGAUGCAAUUGAAGAAAGUCCUUCUAAAGAACCUAAGAGUGUUGUAGUCUUGAAUAAUAGAGAGCGUUUUCGCACUGCAUUCCGAAUGAAAGCUUAUGCGUUCUGGCAAAGCUCAGAAGAUGCUGGAACCGGGGAUCCUCUGGCAGAAGACAGAGGGUACAGCAAUGAACUCAUUACUGAAGACAUGAUCCCCACACUGAAAGCAGUCAUCCGAGCUGUUAGAAUACUACAGUUCCGCCUCUACAAGAAGAGAUUCAAGGAGACUUUGCGGCCUUAUGAUGUAAAGGAUGUGAUAGAGCAAUAUUCAGCAGGACACCUUGACAUGCUUUCCAGAAUCAAAUACCUUCAAACAAGAAUAGACAUGAUUUUUGCUCCUGGACCUCCAUCUACUCCCAAGCAUAAGAAAUCCCAAAAGGGAGGAACAUUCUCUUACCCUUCACAGCAGUCCCCAAGGAAUGAGCCGUACAUAGCCAAAGCAUCUACAGUAGAUUCUGAAGACCAAAGUAUGAUGGGCAAAUUUGUUAGAGUCGAAAGACAGGUUCAUGACAUGGGGAAGAAGUUGGAUUUUUUAGUCGAUAUGCACAUGCAGCAUAUGGAGCAGUUGCAAGUCCAAGUCACAGAGGUUUGCCCUUCGAAAGAAACUUCAUCCCCAGUAGAGGAUAACAGAUACUCGGAGCUGAAAUCCAUCAUUUACAAAUACUCUGAGCCUUCCAUUCAUGAAAAGCCUCCAAGCUUCCACCAUGUUCCUGUGAACAAAGUCCCUCCUUUUGGAUUCACAUCGCAGGGCCAAAGCUGUGGCCCAUUUCCAUCUCCGUUUGGUGGGCAGAACUCCAGUCGGUGGCCGGCCAUGCCAUUUUCGACCUCAUACACAGAAAGGCCAACAGUUUUGCCUAUACUUACAUUCAUCGACCCCCACAUUUCCUACCAGUCACCGCCAGGUGAUUUCCAGAGCCCCCACUCAGAAAGAAUCCCUUCCAGACAAAAACACAGCUUAACGCGAGACAGUGACACCCCGUUAUCCCUCCUCUCGGUCAACCAUGAAGAACUUGAACGUUCACCAAGUGGAUUCAGCAUCUCCCAAGACAGAGACGAUUUCCUUUUUGGGCCAAAUGGAGGUUCAAGUUGGAUGAAAGAAAAACGCUACUUGGCCGAGGGUGAAACGGACACAGAUACUGACCCGUUUACCCCAAGUGGGUCUAUGCCUCUGUCUUCAACAGGAGAUGGGCUUUCUGAUUCUAUAUGGACUCCUUCGAGCAAGCCAGUGUGAGGUUCUCCAUACGGGUGGGUUGGGCAGAGUCAUUGGCUGGCUUCUUCUCUCAAUGUAAACAUGAACUUUGUAUAUUUCACUCUCACACCCAAAGCUUCCUAGCUCAAACAAACCAACACAACACAACACCGGUGGCUGCACUGCAUGCUGGUAUUAGUGAUAGUCAUUCCACACCAUUUCAUUCGGUGGAAUAAUGCGGUUCUGUUCAUGCUGCCAAAACUAAGUGGUUUAGUUUGGAGCAUGGUUUUGCAUGACUUUACACUAUAAAUGGUACAGAUAAUUUCUUCCGUGAUUUAAAAUUACAAAAAUUAUGUUUUCGGUAUACCAAGGGUCAGGUCAAUGCCGGAUUGAAAAAAAUGCUCCCAAACAGAGGCAGAUGUUGCAUUUUGUCAGCAAAAGAAAUCUUAGUUUUCAGACAAAUUCCCUUUGCAGAAUAUAUCUUUUAUUAUUAUUAUUAUGAGAUAUCUCCAUGUUCAACGUACUGUUUAAGUCUUGGUUAUUCACUGAAUUCUUGCUCGUAUCAUUGAAAUCAUGUUUGUUAAUUUUGUUCAUCCAGAUUUCCCUUUGUUUAUAUUUUUGAAGGCAUUUCUCAUGCUCUUCUGAGUCAGAGAGUGUGGCAUACCUUAAAACCCCAGAGGACCUAAAUGCUUAUUAUUAUUAUUAUUAUUAUUAUUAUUAUUAUUAUUAUUAUUAUGCAAUAUUUAUGUUUGUAUUAUUUCAAAAUUGGCUAAAAUGUGCCUAAUGCCUUCUGGGUUGCUGUCAACUAGGAGUUUCAAUCCCAAGGAACUCCAUGGGUCUGAAGCCAUUUUUAAUCUUUAUAUUCCCUUGAUUCGAAAUGGGAUUCAAAGGUAGCUAACACUCUCUGGGGUCUCUGUGGUUAAGAGCCAGGUCACAUUUUAUACUUAAUGGUAGCAGGCAUGUUUUACAUUUGUGUUGCCUUUGUAAGAAAUAUGCUUUCCAUGUGGCGGAGACAUAUAUCUGUGCCGUCAGGACAGACAUAUCAUAGAUGUUCCCUAGGGAUGUGGUUCUCUGCAGUGCAGCUACUAUGCAUUUGGAGAUAAUGCUUCUCUCCUUCAUAUGUUAUGUGUUCAUGAUAGGGAGCCACACUUUAUAUAAGGCAACUGUGCCUAAUCCCAUCAAGUAUGAAAUCAACUCUGAAUUGCCUUGAACUCUAGGAUACAUGA